CUUGUCUGUAAAGUAAAGUAACCAACUUUUUUUUGUCACUUUGAGCGAAUCAACAAGUAUCAUUAUAAAGCUGUGAAAGGGUUGGUAAAAGCCAUCACAUUUUCUGCAGUCUUUUAAAGAAACUGAUGUGACAAGAAGAAACGAUUUUGAAGAAGGAGAAGGUUUAUAUGAGGAGUUUCGUGUAUAGGAAGAUGUGGUGGGUUGUACAUCGAAGGUUGAACAAGAGGAACUUACACCGCGAUUGCGAGAAUAAGAGAAUAUAUGAGUUGGGGAAAGACUUGGAGGAGAUACUAAAGGGGAGGCUAGAGACGAUAGAGGAGGAACCCGAAGCAGAAGAGCGAGAGCGGUUAGGAGAAUCGCAGAAGCCAAUGUUGGUUAAAGCUAAGAUGAGAGUAGUGGAGAAGGGAAAGGCAAUAGUAAAAGCAAAAGUGAAGAGUGGGAAAGUUUUUUACAUGUUGUGUGUUAUUGGCUUAGCCUCUAAACGCGGUUUUAAUGAUCUUGUUCUUCACUAAUCCCUCUCAACUCCUAAUUUUCUUCUUCUAAAUCUUUUUCUUGAUUUUUGUUUCUUUACUUGACUGUGGAUGUAUAUAUAUGUGUGUGUUUAUUUUGGUUCGGUUAUACUUGCUGUGUAGCACAAUUUUGUGUUUGUCUUCUUGUUUUUUUUUUUUAACUCUGUUGGAGUAUUCUUUAUGUAGUAGUCCAAUACAUAGUAUUUGGUGCAAUUCAAGCCUAUGGUUUGAUUUUGUUGUCUCAUGACCACUUAUAAAACGAUGAACUACUUCCUUUGUUUAUUUUGUAUUUCUUUUCUAGUGAAAACUUACAAUUAUCAUAAUAUGAUAAA